AUGUCCUUAUACCCUCGUCCGACGCUCCCUGAACUGCCCAGUGGCCGUAGUGAAUUCGAGAUUCUCAAAUCCUCGCAUCGAUUUCUACGCGAAGACCAAGACCAAACCCAGCCCAAAGCCGCUUCGUGGGAUGACCAGCUUGCUGAAAAGUACUAUGAAAGUCUCUUCCGGGAGUUUGCAGUCUGCGACUUGAAGCACUACAAGUCCGGGAAUUUUUCUCUUCGCUGGCGGACCGAAUCAGAGGUUCUGUCCGGCGCUGGGGAGUCAACAUGUGGCAACACGCGCUGCGCUCACCACAACCCCAGGAAUGAAGACAAACGUAAACGUGGACGAUUAACGACCCUAGAGCUGCCCUUUUCGUAUGAGGAGCAGGGAGAAGCCAAAAGCGCGCUCGUCAAGACGGUCCUAUGUGAAAAGUGUUUAGGAAAGAUGAUGUGGAAACGCCGAAAAGAGAAGGAGACAUCGGGAACUGAGGAGAAAAGGCCUGUUGAUGAAGACGACGAAUACGGGCCAGUGGCCCCGACGACCUCCACAACGCCUAAAAAUCGAGACCAAGAUGAACCAAAGCUCCAUAUUUCCCGUUCAUCAUCUCCCCCUCAACACAAACCUCGUUCCCAUUCACGGUCACGCUCCCCAAGACGACGGGACCAUAACGAAAAGCAGUCACGACACCGUUCUCCUACUCGAUCCACGAGAUACCACACUAUUCAUAAAUAA